CCUGUUAUCCAAGAUUCCAAAAAUAAACAAAUGCACGCGUUCACGCCGCGCAAAAAAUGUAAACUUUCUCGUUUCUUACAAGUUUUUUUUUGUGUUUUUGUCCAAAUUGUGAUAAGAAUUUGUUGUUGAAAAGCUUUUGAGGAUGUCGAAGCGUUACUCAAGCCUGUUUCAGGACACAUUUGAGAAUAAGAGAGCGCGCCUGGACGUUAAAGUUGCAUCAAAUGUCCAGAUAAAUACGAAUUUUCCGGCGUCGAGUGUAGCCGGGCCCUCGAGGGCUCCUGUGGUGCGAUCUCACGUGGUCAGCAACAAUGAUCUGUGGGAUCUGGCUGAUGAUGAAGAUGAUCACUUUGUCCUACUGGCCUCUCAGGCAGCCGAAGCCAUGGAGCAGGGCGAGAAGGUGCUGCCCAAGAUGAAUGUUGACAAUUCAGAAGUGUCCUUCUCGCGCUUCAGCAAGGAAGUUGAUUCUAGUACCCAGGUCAGGAGGAAGAGCCCAGUGGAGAAUGUUGAUUUCUUUGGGGAUGAUGAUGCAUUUAAGGGUUGGACAGAUUGUUUUGAGGAUGAAGAGGAAGGGCAGAAGACGCCUGAAAGCGAGGAGAGACUCUUCAAGGAGCCAGAAAGGAAUAUGUCAGCAGCUGUUGGACAUGCCCAGGACAUUCAAAUAGACUACCUGCAGAAGGAGCUGAUGAAGCUGAAGAAGGACAAUGAGAAACUCAGAGCAGAACAUAUCCAAAUGCACGAAAAGUUCCAGACAAAAGACGGAGAAGCUGCUACUCUUCGGCUGGAACUGGAGCAGAUCCGAAAGAACCGCAUCACCAGUCAGAUGAAAGCCAAUGCAUAUGCUGAGAGCAAUGUCAAGAGUCUCCAGGCACAAAUCCAGGAACAAGAUAAAAUGAUCAAAGCUCUUGAAAUUGAGGCUAAAAUGAGAACGGCAGUCAAGAGGCACGAUCACUUUUCCACGCAGUACCCUCAGCAACCUCAGCAGCCUCAGCAAGAUCCUCCCAAGGAGCCACCCAAGGAACCUGAUUACAAUCUCCAUCUGCCUUCCUUGGAAGAACUAGCGAAACACUUCGAGACAAACGAAGACAGGAACAUCAAUAUCUUUCGCUUCAAGAAGGAAGCAGGAUGUUCCGAAAGGGGAAUGGCCGCUUAUGUCAAUGAUUUGGUGAAUCUCCUCUCAGACACAAUUUUGGGUCCGAGAGACGAAGAAGAAACCAGAAUCCGGAAUUUUUUUCAAGUGAUUUCCAAAGGAGUUCUUCACAUUAAGAAUUACUUGCUGAAUCUGGAAUAUGACGACUACAAAGAAUCCCAGUACAUUCCUGCAUUGCACAUUCGACACCUAAAUGCUGCCUAUUCCUUGGAAUCUUCAAUGGAGAAAGAAAUGGAUCUGUAUCAGAAAGAAAAACUCUUCAAAUUUGAGGAAUGCCACAUUGGAAGGCGCUUCCUGGCAAUUGUGGCCUUUGCUUGUACAAAGUUGCCUCUAAUUGAUUGUUUUAUUGAAGAGAUUCCCUGCAAAAGCGAUGGUCCGUCUUCCACUGGGAAUACAGAAACUAUCGUAAAGUGCUUACAGGAUAUUCUCCACGAUAUUAGCUAUACUAAAAACUUGAUUGGAUAUCUGGGACUUGUGACUGCAUCUGCAGAGAUUUUAUGUGCAUUGGCGUAUCAGAUUGUUGAUAGGCAGGAACAUGUCAAUUUGGCCAAUGAUCUAUUUAGAAUGAUUCUUCUUACGCGGCCACGAUUGCAAUCUAUGUUGGCACUGUCACGGUUUCUUUCGAGGUUGCCAUCAGAUAAUGUGUUACCCAAAUUCUUGGAAGGUUUGUGCCAUUCGAGUCCUAAGGAAACCUUUUUAAUGGACGAAGUAUACAAGAUUCAACGGUUUACGAAAGAAUCCUGCGCUAUGCAGGUCUUCGGUGCACUUUUGGAAUCAACAUGCUUGGAAUUGUAUCACAGCAAAGACACUAAACAAUGGUAUGUGGAUUGUGUGAUGGAAUUGGCAUUGAAUAUGAUCAAUUUCUACAUCGAAUGCUUCGGAAAUCAAUUGACGUGGAUCCAAAGGGUGACAGAAAGCAAUUGUGAUUGCUAUAACAAAAUUGGAUCAUCUGCGGUAGUUCUUCUUCAUUUCUGUCUCAAUCAUUGGCUCGUCAGAGGUGCACCACAGGACAGAAAAGUGUUCUUAAUAGCUCAACAAGGAGUGUUGCUCCUGCAUUAUAUUUUCGGAGUCAAUUUCAAAGAAACUGUGCUUAAAAAUAAUAGCCAUGGUGUGAAGAGUCGCCUUCAGAAAGUCUACAAUCUCGCAAAGCACUACCACAGACAAUUGCAGUUCAAGGAGUGUCACAGAUGUGCUAUUAACACCUUAGGAAUGAAUUUAAUCGUCGUGGAUCCUUUGUGUACAUCACAAAGUGGAAAAACUGCCUCUGACUCAGAAAAUGAAUUCAUCAGAGAUCUGGCUGAGACAUUCUUCAAUACUCUCUGAUAAGAGAAAAGAGAUACUAAAUUAUAAAUACAUUUUACCUGAUUUUUAGCAACA